UAAUCAGUAGCAGUGUUAAAUUUUUUUAAAUGUCUACAAAUCUUUGCAACGGUUUGUUGUUCAAGACAAUCCUCGUCACGUUUGUGGUUUUUAACAGCAUUCAAUACUCUACAUCUCAGAUUCAACAGUCUCAAGAUAGCUUUAAUAAGAGUACAGACCUGUUGGUGUACACAGUAGCUACAGAAGAAAAUGAUGGUUUCAAGAGGUUCAUGAAUUCAGCUACAAAAUUCAACUACAAUGUGAAGGUUUUAGGAUUAGGAGAGAAGUGGAAUGGAGGUGAUGUGGCACGCGGUGUGGGGGGUGGGCAGAAGGUUCGACUGUUAAGGGAGGCCCUGGAACAGCACAAGUACAGUGGCAAUCUGGUCAUCAUGUUUCUCGAUAGUUACGAUCUCGUCUUAACACUGGAUUCAGCGAAGCUAUUAGAGAGAUUCGAUAAGUUUCAAGUCAACGUCUUGUUCUCCGCUGAAGAGUUUUGCUGGCCGUCUGUAGAACUAGCCGCAUCCUACCCUGAGGUUGGCCCAAAUGAAAAAAGAUUCCUCAAUUCUGGAGGUUUCAUUGGACACGCGCCACAACUAUACACAAUCGUUAACAGAUUUCCAUUGCGGGACGACGACGACGAUCAACUUUUUUAUACGAACGUUUUCCUGGCUGAUCGAGAAAAGCUGAACAUCGCUCUAGAUACACACAGCCUAAUUUUUCAAAAUCUCAACGGAGCCCUUGAUGAUGUGUCGGUGAAUUUUGAGACGGACAGCACCUACCUCUACAACCACCUCACCAACACGGUGCCUGCCGUUGUCCAUGGCAAUGGACCAAUCAAGGCUGCUUUCAACAGUCUUACUAGUUACAUAACCAACCAAUGGACCAUCAACAAAGGCUGCGUGCAUUGCAAUAUUGAUACCAGGUCACUAAAAAAUGUCAACCCAUCAGAGUACCCGAAAAUAUUUGUGGGCAUCUACAUCGAGAAAGUAAUGCCGUUUGUCGAGGACUUCCUUGAAAGAUUUCAUAACUUGACCUACCCCAAAGAUAAAAUAGACGUUUAUAUACACUACUUUGACCAAUUCCACGUUAAAGUAGUUGAGAAGUUCAUAUCAGAUCAUGGUGAUGAGUACAAAUCCGUCGAAGUGCAAUCGAGCGAGAUGCCAGAGUAUGAAGCCCGAAAAUAUGGAUUUGAGCAGUGCAUGAAGAUGAACUGCGAGUACUUCUUCUCGUUGGACGCUGAAGCCCACAUUGAAAAACUCGACCUCAUAGAGAUGCUUAUCGAAAGGAACAGGUCUUUAGUUUCACCCAUGCUGGGCAGGCCCUUCAAGAUGUGGACCAAUUUCUGGGGGGCGGUCAACUCUGAUGGCUACUACAAACGAUCCGACGACUAUGCAAGUCUGGUGCUCCGGGAGAGAAAGGGUUUAUGGAACGUUCCAUACGUCACUAACGUUUACCUGUUACAAGCGCGCCACCUGCCAUCAGUGGUCAACUUCGAAUGGCCUGAGGGUGUUGACCUUGAUGUAGCCAUCUGUGAAGAGUUCAGAAAUAAAUAUAUUUUCAUGUACGUGGACAAUUUUGACCACUAUGGCCACCUGGUUAAUAACGACGACUUCGAAACUGACCAUCUCAACAACGAUCUAUAUGCCAUAUUCUCUAACCCAUACACUUGGGAGAAGAAAUACAUUGAUCCAGAGUAUUACAUCUUCUUGCACAAUAAAACAUUUAAAGAAUUUCUAACCCCCUGUCCAGACGUUUUCUGGUUUCCAAUAGUUACUCACCGAUUUUGUGAUGACCUGAUCAGCGAGAUGGAAAAUUUUGGACAGUGGUCUGGGGGAAAAAAUGAGGACCACAGGCUUCAGGGGGGCUACGAGAACGUGCCAACAGUCGACAUCCACACAAAUCAGAUAAACUGGGAGAGACAUUGGUUGCAUUUUCUCAAAACGUACGUCGCCCCGCUGAAUCAACGUGCUUUCGAAGGAUACUACACUGAGAGUCGAGCUAUAAUGAACUUUGUGGUGAGGUACCGCCCAGAUGAGCAGGAUAGAUUGAGGCCUCAUUCCGAUUCGUCAACGUUCACCGUCAACAUUGCCCUCAACACACCCGGGGUGGAUUAUCAGGGAGGUGGUGUCAGGAUGGUUCGCUACGAUUGCGCUGUCACCCAAUUAAAGAAAGGUUGGAUGUUGAUGUUUCCUGGCCGGCUGACUCACCAGCACGAGGGCCUCCAAGUGACGGGGGGCACUCGAUACAUCAUGGUCUCAUUUGUCGACCCUUAACUUCUUCUCCACACGCUACAUACAUAUACACAUACAUACGUACGUACGUACAUACAUACAUACAUACAUUCAUUCAUACAUACAUACAUACAUACAUACAUACAUACAUACAUACAUACAUACAUACAUACAUACAUACAUACAUACAUACAUACAUACAUACAUACAUGCAUACUAACAUAUUAUGUUCUCAUGUAUAAAAAUUUUUUUAUACAUGAAUUGUAGUCCUAUGUAAACACAUAAACGAACAUUAGAUUUGUAUUUAACCAACAUUUUAUAUUCAGUUUUACCUUUUUUUUUCACAAAUUUUUUCAUAUGUAUUUAAGAAUAUUCAUUAUAUUUUAAAAUUUCAAAUUCGUUUUUGAUCGUUAAUCAUAAAAAUAAAUAUCUAUGUAUCUAUAUGUAUCUAUGUUUAAUUACAAUUUUAGGAUUAAUAGCCCACUAUCAUGUUUCAUUUUCAGAGAUAAUAAACUUAUUCAGACAGAUUUUGUUUUUUUUUAUUAUAAUUCUAGAUACUUUUAAACACUUCUUUAAAAAAAUUAUACAAACACAAAAUUAUACAAACACAAAAUUAUACAAACAUACAAACAAAAUACAUGGAAACGUCCGAACGUAAAAUAACUACUACAUAUCUAAUAAAAAUUGAUGAAACAUUCGUACAUUAUCACUCGAUAAAGACAUACAUACAAACAUACAUACGUACAAACAUACAAAACAAAC